GAAAGAUGUGUAGUAUGUAGUAAACUUGUUUAUCAAGCUGAACGUCUUUCAACCGAAGGUAGAAUUUAUCAUAAAGCUUGUUUUAGAUGCAGUGUUUGUAAUAAUUCCGUUAAACUUGGUAAUUAUGCCUCAAUGGAGUCUCAAACCUUCUGUAAACCUUGUUUCAAAAAACAAUUCCUUUCAAAAGGUAAUUAUAGUGAAGGUUUUGGAAAAUUAAAACCACAACAUCAAUUUAAUUUAAAGAAAUCGCGCCAUACUAGUAGUGUGUGA